AUGAAAAAAAUAUUGAAUACUAUUGACAAAAUCGAUAUAUUUCGUGUUCCUGUCAAUCUGUUGACUAAUUCUAAGGAUUUAUUCUAUCAAAGUAAGCUUGGUGGAAUAGUUACUCUUAUUGUUGGAAGUCUUGGUUUCGCCUAUUUUUUAAAUGUAAUAAUUUUAUGGAUCCAAAAUCAUCUACCUCCCAAUGUGAGUUUUAAAUAAUAAACAUUAUCGUAUGCAGAAUUUGAAAUAAAAAACUCUGUUAUUCAAUUAGAAUUAUAAUAUUUUUCAGGUGAGAUCCUUUCAGAAGAGAAAACAAUAUCAUAACUCCUUAUUUAUAUAAAAAUAUAGAUAGAACAAUUAUUGAUAAGCCAAUUCCAANUAGAUGGUAUCAUUCCUGUUAUUUUCACCAUAUUAAGCAAAUUUAAACAUUAUAAUCAUUGA